CAGAAUGAUCCUUAAAAAAAGUUCUAUUUUGCUGUUAUAUUCUGAUACCAAGAUACCUUUAGGUGGUCACGGAGGAGGAAAUAUUGUUGCACAAAGUGAAAAAGCACAACCGUGAGAACAUGAAAGCUGGCUAAGUAGCCGAUGUCAUUUUUGUAAACGCCAUCUUUGAUCCAUUUUGGAAAGAGCUGACAUUUAAGAAAUUCACUGGGCCAAGCAGUCUUCAAAAAUUAGUUGAAUUUUUUUGGGAAAUGCAGAUACUACAGGUAUAAAACAACACUAGCAGGUAAGGUACUAACAACAUACAUUUCACCGUUUCAGCAGUUUCAGAAACGUUUAGCUAAGACGACGACACUACUAGUAAUAUAAUAGGUUUGUUGCAGGCAGGAGUUGAUUUUCACCAUUUCAAGCCCCCUAAUCACGCUAAACGGUAUUGCUUAUCAUAAAAAAGAAAUAAUCAGGGUGAUAGGCUUCAGGAGAAGUUUCAGUGCGGUGAACUGAAUUUAAAAUUCAAACGUCAACACGCACGGUAAAGACUGGUUUUCGCUAGCGACGGAGUCGGAGUCGUAAGCGGAAUCGUAAGAGCGUUUAUGACCUAGUGAAAAUCAAAAAUCGGAGUCGUAAGCGGAGUCAUAAGCGCGACGGAAUCGGAGUCAGAAGAAUCAGAACGUUUCCAUUUUCUUCCGACUUCGCUUACGACUCCGUUUAAUAUGAUCUAGGGGCGCUUUCCAUUCAACAAAAAUUCCGGUUUGAAAUUUCGGCACACACAUAAUUACGCUCUAAAAGAGAAAAGUAAAUACUGUUUAUAUCCUAAAGAACACUCGACUAUCGAAAAGGGGCUUUUUGAAAACUAAAGGCGGAGGAAUCCUAUUUCGUGUAGAAAGCCUAUGAAUGCAAGUGAAGGUAAAAAAUGCUUGUGAACAGUACGGUAAAUAAAUUCGGUGUUUUAGCCAAUUUGUAUUCAGCCAGGCUUUGUUGUAUUCAUUUCAGCUUAAUUGAUAAAUUGCUUUAGUUAAAUAUUGUCGACAGGUUUCAGACAAAUAAUACGCCUACGCUGACUCUCACGGACUUUUAUACAACUGUAGUUUGAUUUCACACACUAUUUUUCACCUACGUGUCGUGUUGCGUCAGUUAUUUGACACUGUUAAUGGCAAAUAUCAAAAAUCGAAAAAAAUUGCAACUGAUUCAAACUAUUUGAGAUGUCACGCUUUACUCACAGCACUUCACUUUCCAUUGGAAACUACUUGGUCUUGUAAGCAGGAUAGAAAAGAGCGGUACUGGGGACAACAAUUUUGGCAAAUGGAAAGGGACAUUUCGGUCCAACCGAUUGAAAUGACCAGACCGCUCACAGUGGACCACCUUCAAAGCUGGUCCCGAAUAUUCCGGUCGGACCAAACCGAAAUGGGCCGUUCCAUUUGAUGUACCAACCGAAAUUACCGGAAUUUUUGGUUGAAUGGAAAGCGCUCUGAAAACCAGAUUGUCGGAGUCGGAAGCAGAAGCGGAAGGAUAAGCCAAUCACAAUGCACGUUCCCACGCUUUGGUAUUGGUUUGGUUCCUCUGCUUCCGACAAUCUGGUUUUACUGGAUCAUAAGCGGAACGUAAGCGACGGCGUCAAAGGGCACGAUCCAUUCAACCAAACUUUCCGGAAAUUUCGGUGCAAAACUCAAUGGAUCGGUUCGGUCCAACCGGAAAAGUUUCGAAAAAACGGGUCCACCUUUUGAGGUGGUCCUCUUUUCCCGGUCGGACCGGUUGGAAUUUUGGUUGAAUGGAUCACGCCCAAAGCGGAAUCGGAACGCUGUUUUCAGUAGAUCAUAAAGUCUACGCUUCUGAUUACGACUCCGACUCCGACUCCGACUCCGAGUCCGUCGCUAUUGCAUUGAAAACCAGCCUUAAGAGGCCGUGACUACAUUAUGGAAGUAAUGCAUACUUUGCAGCGACUGUAAUGGAACAAACCGCUUAUUCCCUUCGAUUGGCUUAUUGACCGCCAAUUAGCUGUGAGACUGGACAAGAUUCAGUUAUGCUUGGAAAUGGCUAUUACUGAAAGAGACCCGUGACUUUGAGUCGCUAGCUCAGUUCUUCUGUUUUGUGCUGGCUGUCGAUACUACUUUGUUUACAUUUAUUUUUAUAGUUUGUUGUUGACAUUUUUCUUCUUUACCCCGGCGACUAUUUCUUUUUUCUAGAAAAUAACAGUUUCUUAGAAAAAUUUAUGCAUUAUACCGAGUCUUUGUUUGACUUUUACCCAUUUGCAUUUGGUUACUAAUGGUCCGUUAGAUCAGUUAAUGUACUGUUGGGAAUUUAGCGGUGUGAAUUUGAUUAUAAGGUUGGGCAAUCCGCUGUAUAAUUAUCUAACAGGCCAUCAACCUUUUAAUUUCAGACCUAAUUCAGUUGAUUCUCAAUUUCCUUUGUCUCCUAGGUAAGCGGGAGACAAAUGAAAUUGAGAAACAAUCUAAGGUAAAAAAGUGACCUGAAAUCAAAUUUGACUUGAUAGAAAUACUGAUUAUCGGACGUACCGCGAAAAGCGUAACAGAAUUAUUAAAUUUUUUGCGUGCCAUAUAUGGUGGUGGAUUCCUACCAAUUCCUACAGAUUCCUACAGUGACGUCACAUUUUCCUACAAGUCAUCAGGGACCUGGUUACCAAGGUCUAUUUUGCUGGCAGCGGAGAACAUCAUGGCGGACGGUGGCUUCGACUCUUCUGCUUCUUCUUCCACCGCUUCGGAGACGAGGAUGUCGACUGAUAACGUUCCUGUUGACAACCGUGAUGUAAGUUAUUGCAGAUAUAUGUUUUAUUCGACCUUCUUUUAAGCGGAUCUUGAGAUCACGCGUCCAAUCCUAGCUCACUUUCUCGCGUGUUCUUUGACUUUUGAAAGGAGCACCGCUCUCUUCGAUGCAUAAAUUCUUGCGUUGGAAGAGCAUAGUUUACCCCUUAAAUGGCUUUCGAUUUUUGAUUUAGAUCAAACUUUUUUAUCAAAAUUUCUCAUCCAAAUUAUCAAAAUUUCACACCUCAAGACGGGUCAUCUUUUAGCGUGCCUGAGAUUCUAAGACUCUUUUGUUAAAGCCGAGAUUUUUAGACUCAGUGAUAUUUUCCCAGUAGCAUCAUUUUCAUCCCGUAAAUUAAUUCCAAGCUAAUUUGUAAAGGGCAUUUGUUAUCAUAGGUCUUCCCAGGAGUGGGUAACUGGUCACUUUUCUACCACAUUAAAAGAUAUUUAUGGCAUCUAAGAGGUAUAGGACAUACAUGUAUUUCAGCACAAGGUUGCUUAAGGAAGAUAUCUAUGUUGGCGUCUUUCAGCCAGCAGAAAGUGUAUGCACUUCACAGCUACAGAGGAGAAGAGUAACCUACAGUAGAAUCCCCUUUUUUGAACCUCUUGGGAAAAAGAGAAUUGGUUUGAAUUAUAGGGAGGUUGGAAAAAUCCAGGGUAAAGUUACAGUGUUGGAUUGGGGAAGAGAAUCAAUUUUAGCUUGAAUUAUGGGGAGGUUUGUGAAUCCAAGGGUUUGAGAACUUUAGAUUCUACUGCAUAUACAUGUAGUCAAGUUUUGCAGAGAAUUGUUUUUGAAGAUAAAUAUAUUGCCACGUUGGAAGGGUUUUUAAGAAAAUCUGCUUUUUCCUUUCCGAUCGGUAAAAGUUGGAAAGGUUAAGAAUUCGUUGUGAAGUAUCGACAGAAAUUAUACGGUUUUAGAUUUUUGUUUAGUGCUUUGUUGCUAUUUAGUGUUCCAAGCUGCAAGUUAACGUCGCUGCAAGCUGCAACCAUAUUGAUUGGCAUUGCAAUUAUAAAAAUGUUUUUUUUUUCAAAUGAAACUGCAGCAAAAGCUACCAAUUUUGCUGCCUGUGUCCUUGUUUUGUGGGUAUUAAACCCUCAUAAAAUGUGUGUGAAAAGUGCCUCAACCAAGAAUUUAUGUAUAGUGAAAAUUUGAUAUUCCUUAGUCACUGAAAGGUGACUUUGAAAUGAGUUGAGCUAGUAGCCCUGAACUAGGGGAAACUGACAAUUUAAAAAAAGCACAAGUGUUCAAUUUUCACUGGCCAAACCAUUAGGGUUUGGUAGUUAGUUUUAGUGCUUUUCGCCUUAGUAAUGGUAGCGAUACAGUGUUUCUGUGCUCUUUCCAUUACUAUUGGGCUCCCCACCACCUAAAAUGUAUUGCCACAGCCACUUGUUGAAAGCCACCAAAACCUGUGAGCUGUGUUUGCAAGUAAUAAGUUAUUUUUCUUCAUUUACCGACUGCUUUUGUUUGCACUUUUAGAAUUCAUCAGAAGAAUCUCAAUCUGACCAAGAACAAGAGGUAAGGUGGACACAUACAGGGUACCAUGGACUUCAUUUUCCUUUAAAAUUUACAAUGUACCUUGCACCUUUUUCUUUAGGGUAAGAUUUUAGUCAUUAGUAGAUUUCAGUAUGCAUCUUGGAAAGAAAGUGUUGCCCAGCUUCACUAGGUGACUAUUGUUAUAGUUAAAUGUAGAAUUGCAGGCCAUUUUGAUACUAUUAACCUUUUGUGUGUCAUCGCUUUCUUUGAGAAGUGUACUUCUUGUAGCAUAGAUGUUGCAGGUUAAACCAGAAUUUCCUUUGUCUCCAGCCAAUGAAUAAGUUAUUAUUAGAGCUAGGAAACAAAGGAAAAAAAAUGUCACUUCUGUUGUGGGUCGUUAUUUUCUGGGGGUCCCUACUUUCGGGAUUUCCUAACACCUUUGAAAUUAUAUCGCUACUUUUGAAGGGUCGCUACUUUUGGGGAGGGUUGUUACUUUCAGAACUCUACGGUAGCAUCUACUUUGCUUCUGAUAGCAAGCAACACUGCUAUAACUAUAAUAUUACCGUUUUUAUUGGCGAACGUUGUUACCUGCAAGCCGAUGUAUUGUAAUGAGGCUGUAAUAAGAUAAGAUAGUACAUUUACAUAGGAAUAUUAUCAUGUGAGAGAUAAUAACAAAUUGUAAAAAAUUAUUUUUCACAUUUUGCUUUUAGUGGUAUAUUAUAAUUUGGUCUAUAAUUUGGCCUAUAUAAAUUUGCAUUUGCCUUUUUUAUUACUUUCAUUUUGGGGCAGUUACAGAGAUAUGGCUGCUUUCCUCUCCCAUCAAAUGUAACUAGUUUUUUUUUCCUUGAGAGUGAGUAAAGCUUUCAAGGAAAUGAUGAAAAUGUUUAAUGUUGUAUCGUUUACUUCAUGACAACAUCACAUUAAUUUUUCGUUUGCUUUUGUUACAGAGUUCAGAGGGGCCAGAAUCUGAGGGGGAGGAAAUAUCCAGUGAGGACAGUGACAAUGAUGAAGUGAGUGAGACAAGGCAGAUAAUUUCCUUAUUAAUAAGGGAAUAAAUUCUUGAUGUUAUUUAUUUGUCUUUUAUAUUGGUUUAAAAAGUUUAAACAGGGUAAAAGGUUUGUAUAUUGGAUGGCAAAGCCUUGUUUCUAGACAACACUUUUCCAAUCUUUUUAAAAUCUGUCACAUAUCACUAAUCUCUCAGUCAAUGUGAGUGUCUACCCAAAUAGCAGUGUUGCUAAUCUUAUUGCACUCUGUGUUCUGAACUUUAAUUUGUAAGACUUAUCACUUUUUAUGAUUGACAAGGUCAUGUCACCUGACAGAGUUUUGCUAAGGGCCUGUAAGUGUAUUCUCUCCUUGGCAACACAACUGUAUAUUAAUAAUAAAGAAGAGUAAUAUGUUAAAUGCCAUUAAAUCUGAUUAAAAUACGACCAUGUGUUAGCACUUUGUAAUCAACCAGGCCAAUUAUUGCAGAAAACCACUUCCGAAUGCAUGUCAAAUAGUUUAAGUAGCAUUUGGGUGUUUACUUAACCAUUUCACUCCCAGAUGGGGCUAAAGUAACAAAUGCUGAAAAACAGGGAGAGAGGUUUCAUUUGAAUGGUCCCACCAUAGGAUUUCAUCCACAGAUUCAAAAGUUAGAACCACCAUUAUCAUUCAGUUUUGGAGUGAAAAGGUAAAACAUGUCAAACAUGCAUACACAUAAACACCAGAAAAGUAUAAGAGAAGCAUUAGCUACAUGUCUCGUCGCACUUGAUAAAUUGCUUACAAGUACAUGUCAUGACACAAGUCAAAUUAUAAAUUAUUAUGUAAUUCACAGUUAUCUGCAAAAACGUUUACAGCUUUGUUUUGAUUUGAGUUUACUUAGCUUAAGAUGCUUCCAAAGGAGAGGAAAUUAUCAGUUUGUGUUCGUCUUGCACAUCAAGCUGAAAUAUGGCUGUUAUCCUCCAAUGUUUUUAAGAAUCCAAGUGAUAUUUUCUGUUUCGUACGUUGUGAUUUCUCUCGUGAUUUUGUCAAUGUUUAUCACCAUAAUAAACAGGGUCCAAGCAUUUUGAGCAGGUGCAGAAUGUAUGGAUUCUUUUUGUAUUUAAGUAGAUUUAUAGGGUGACCAGUGUAUUAGAAGAUAUUAUUCCCUGCUCCAUGUAACAUAAACUUUCCUUCUGUGUCAAAGAACUAUUGCUGUUUCUUCUGUGGUAUGCAUCAACAUUGAAAUUAGCUUCGGUGUUAUGAUCUGUCAUAAUAUUGAUCCAGCCAAGAUGCCGCAAAAUAUCUAUUGCCUGUGCACCAAUAUGGUUGAAAUUGGGCCAACUUACUUUCAGAAACCGUGUUUGAGAAUUUUGGGUUAUAUUUCCGUUGUUGUUUUUUUUUUUCGUAGGUUGCUCUAGCGUUUUCUUAUUUCUAGCUUCAUCUCCUUAUACAAUGUAUCAAAAGUAUAAACCACUUGACAAAAGACUGAGACAGUUUUUUCGUCAAACAGGUAAAGAAGCAAAUAAGAUCUUAAUAGAGCUUUUCAGCUUGUAUGCUAAACUGCAACAUAUGCAUCAUGUGGCUGCUUGUGUGAAAGAGUUUUACAGUUGUUUUUUCUUUUCUAGGAGUCAGAUCUCUGCAUGGUAUUAGAGAAAUUGAAAUCCCGAGACAAGAUUUGUAAGGUUUUAUCAGACCCAAUUCCGUCUGCCUCACAAAUAGUGCAAGAUGCAAAAACAAUAAGUCUUGUUUUGCACCAAGACUGUGUGGCCAGUCGAGAUUGCCAACCACCUCAUCAAGGACCAGUUGCACCAAGUAGUCUGGUUAACUUAGUGUCGAACAUCUCGCAGCAAAUUGAUGAUUAUCAUCCGGGUAGUGAUGUUGGCCCUGCACUUCAUGCAGCAAGACAAGUAGCAUAUUGGUCUUCUGUUUUCAUUUCAAUGGUGGCCAAUAGUGCCAGCACCAUCCCUUCUACAAGCAGUCUAGCUACUUCUCCAACCACAGCUUCAACCAGCAUCAGCUCUUCAAACCUUCCUCCUGCUUUACCAACCCCAGCUUCAACCAGCAUCAGCUCUACAAACCUUCCACCUGCUUUACCAAUCCCAGCUUCAACCAGCAUCAUCUCUUCAAACCUUCCAGCUACUUUACCAACCCCAGCUUCAACCAGCAUCAUCUCUUCAAACCCUCCAGCUACUUUACCAACCCCAGCUUCAACCAGCAUCAUCUCUUCAAACCUUCCAGCUACUUUACCAACCCCAGCUUCAACCAGCAUCAGCUCUUCAAACCCUCCAGCUGCUCUACCAACCCCAGCUUCAAGCAGCAUCAUUUCUUCAAACCUUCCAGCUACUUUACCAACCCCAGCUUCAACCAGCAUCAGCUCUUCAAACCCUCCAGCUGCUCUACCAACCUCAGCUUCAACCAGCAUCAUCUCUUCAAACCCUUCAGCUGCUCUACCAACCCCAGCCUCGCCCUCCCCGCCCGGAACAUCAUUCCUUUCAUCUGCAACCCACCAUACUACUCUGUCCACACAUCCUGCACCUUUCAUCCAGUCUACAAACCAGCAACCUAGUGCACCACUCUCCACAACAGCAUUUGUUCGUUCUGGCAUCAACCAACCUAGUUUGUCAACCCCUAGCACAUCCCUCAUCUCCUCGUCAAUCAACUGUGCUAUUCGAUCAACACAUUCUCUGGCCAGCAAUCAACCUACUGUCCCUAUCUCUACAACCAGCCCUAUAUCUGCAUCAGUUGCACAAAUUCAGUCUAUUCCUACAUCUGCCUUAGUCCCACCUGCAGACAACCGACCUGCUGUUUCUAUAGCUAUCACUGACCCUGCAACGUUAGCAAUGUUUAGGGAGUACGGAUCUGCAUCUUUGGUUGAAUGGCUGGAUUCAUUGUCUAUACCACGAAACAUUGAGAAGCUGCAGCAGGUGAAAGACCUCUGGGAAGUUGGAACCAUAAACUGCCCUCCACUUCAUAAGUGGACAGUUGCUAUGAGAAAUCAUAAAUCUAAAAGUGGAAAAAAUUCUUCGUUGUUUAGUCAAAGGAAAUAUAUAUACAACUUAUUUAAGAAAUACAAUUUUGAUGAAAACCUUGUUUUUACUCAGUAUAAUGAACUGCGGCCAGGGAAGUUAUAUAAAAUCCUAAAUAGUAAACCUAAGUAGAGGUUUUUUGUCUUACUUCAACUUGUGACAUUGGCUCCGCCUUUUUGUUGUAUCCUGGCAAUGCAUGCUCGUUAGAAUUGUACUUAACUAAUAACUUUCUUCCGAAAUUAGGUUAAAAGCUUAAUCACUUUUAAGUUUAUAAUUUCUUUACUCCAAUUUAAAUUUUUAAAUUUACAAAACAAGGUUUGUUAAACGUAAGUAGAGGUUGGUGAACAAAAACUGUCUUGGUUACAAAGUGUUCACAAACUUAGUAUGAUUACAAUAAAGUAUACGAGAAGGAAAUGAUUGGUGAACAUCACUAACUGUCUUAGCCUGCUCACUAAAAGGCAAAACUAGCCACCCUGGCCAGUUUAUAAAUCCACUAUAAAUCAUGACCUUAUUAUGCAAUGCAGCAAUAGGAUUUUAGUAAAAAUGCUUGAAAAUUGCCUACCACUCCAGCUGGCCAGUUCUGACUUUGAUAAAUGCCCUUAGUUAGCUUGUGGAAACCGAAAGAUGAGAAGUGAAUACAUUAAACAAACAUGUCAUUAUAAUAUCUGAUUCAGUAAAGGUUGCUUUGGGAUUGGUAUUUAGGCCCUGAGAAUGCAUUGUUUUCUGAUCACUCAAGUAAAUCAUGGUAUCGUUAUGUAUGCCCAAUUGCCAACCUGUAUUGAAUUUUGGUAUAUAUGUUUACGUGUGCCGUUGUUAAAUGUUUUCCUUUUUUUAUGAUAUAUUUCUUUUAAUUAUUUAUUUUUUUACAGUAUAUUUUACACUUCUCACUGUACCCAAAGACAAAGGGAAAUUAAAAUUUCAAAAAAGACUACCAAAACAUAUAUAUACAUGUAGCAAAACUACCCAUAAACACCGCCCUCCAUUAAACGUUUCAUCUCACCAGAAGAAUGCGGUGUUUUCUCGCGGAUAGUAAGCCUCGUUAAUACGGACACAAAAGGGACAGAACCAAGUGUCGGCUUUCUGUGCCUUACAGAGCUGUCCGUGUUACCGGGGUUAGGGAAUGUACUAUUUUUGUCAUUUCUGGGGCCAAACGAACUGUCCGUAAUAGUGUCCGCAUUAUAGAGAGCUGAGAAAGAUUUCACUGUAUGCCCUUUCGGAGGGAUACCGUGUUUUGCGUUAACUCAAUCUGUGGCAUCAGAGUCGUACAGGACUGCGAUACCAUAGAUUGAGUUAGCGCAAAAUAUGACCUUUCAGGGGGAUACCGUGUUUUGCGUUAACUCAAUCUGUGGCAUCAGAGUCGUGGGCUAUAGUACAGGACUGCGAUACCAUAGAUUGAGUUAACGCAAAAUAUGACCUUUCAGGGGGAUACCGUGUUUUGCGUUAACUCAAUCUGUGGCAUCAGAGUCGUGGGCUAUAGUACAGGACUGCGAUACCAUAGAUUGAGUUAACGCAAAAUAUGACCUUUCAGGGGGAUACCGUGUUUUGCGUUAACUCAAUCUGUGGCAUCAGAGUCGUGGGCUAUAGUACAGGACUGCGAUACCAUAGAUUGAGUUAACGCAAAAAUAUGACCUUCAGGGGGAUACCGUGUUUUGCGUUAACUCAAUCUGUGGCAUCAGAGUCGUGGGCUAUAGUACAGGACUGCGAUACCAUAGAUUGAGUUAACGCAAAAAUGUGGUCCUGAUUAAUGAACGAGACAGGUUUUAAGCGCAGCUCAAAUCAUGGCAUACGGUGUGUCAAUCUGUGGAAAUCAUUUGACAUUUUUUUAAUGCUCCGGUUGUCAGGGCCACACAACGUCAAGUUUCGGAAAAUAUCUGUUCGAAAGACGAUUUGAGAUCUAGAAUUUUCGGAACGUUUGUUGUAAAAUGUCUCGCUUGUCUGCCUCUCCUAAGAUUUUCGAAUGUCUACAAAAAUGGUGUACUUGCCCAUUUUAACGGAUAUGUACCCUAAAAAGGUCACCUAGAAUUUUCGAGAGCCCUUUUUCUGGCAGAAAUUUUCGAAAAGGUAAGGUUUGAUCCCUAUAAUUUUCCGAUAACUAGCUUUUCAGCUAGGAAAUCCGAACAGAUACAAAACUUUGGGGGGAUAAAUAGAUACCUAUAUUUACCUUUAAGAUACCAAAAUACGUUCAACCUGGUAUGUUUAAGCGGUUUUGAACUUUAUUAUCGUUGGGUGCUCCUGGGUUGUGUUUGUGGUGGGAUUAUGAUUUUUUUAAAAGCCACUUCAAGGAUCAGAUCAAGGAAUUUACUCUCUGGUAAACAGCGUCCAUAGGCUGUUUGGAUUAAAAAAACAUCCACCGCCUGCGUGCCGUGUUUUGCGUUAUCUCAAUCUGUGGCACCGGAAGACGUGCCACAUUUUGAGACAUUUCAAACUGUGGUGUAUUAGUAAUGCCAUACAUUGAGGUAACGCUAAAUGUGGUGCUAAUUUUUGUGCGAACUAUUAAAUGUUUAGCAUAUUCGGCCUUGUUCCACUAUAAGUAUUGAAAGAGGGAUGAAACUUCAACGUUUGCAAAGAGAGAAGGCCACAGUUUGAGAUAUCGCAACUUGUGGCUUAUGGUGCGGUCAUCUUUUGCGUUAUUGCAAAAUAUGUCUUUACCGGCAAAUGACAUAUGUUGAGUUACAAAUUCUAUCUCAUUCUGUGGCACCGGAAGACGUGCCACAUUUUGAGACAUUUCAAACCGUGGUGAAUUAGUAAUGCCAUACAUUGAGGUAACGCUAAAUGUGGUGCUAAUUUUUGUGCGAACCAUUAAAUGUUUAGCACAUUCGGCCUUGUUCCACUAUAAGUAUUAAAAGAGGGAUGAAACUUCGACGUUUGCAAAGAGAGAAGGCCACAGUUUGAGAUAUCGCAACUUGUGGCUUAUGGUGCGGUCAUCUUUUGCGUUAUUGCAAAAUAUGUCUUUACCGGCAAAUGACAUAUUUUGAGUUACAAAUUCUAUCUCAUUCUGUGGCACCGGAAGACGUGCCACAUUUUGAGACAUUUCAAACUGUGGUGAAUUAGUAAUGCCAUACAUUGAGGUAACGCUAAAUGUGGUGCUAAUUUUUGUGCGAACCAUUAAAUGUUUAGCACAUUCGGCCUUGUUCCACUAUAAGUAUUAAAAGAGGGAUUAAACUUCAAUUUAAAUUUCAUUUUACCGGUAAAUUACGUAUUUUGAGUUACAAAUUGUAUCUCAAACUGUCGCUUGACGCUGACAUCAUGUUCAUGUAUCUAAAAUACCAUAUUUUUAAUGAUCAAUGUUACUCAAUUAUGUCAAGAGCCAUAAUCAUAGGCGUACGGGCCGAGGGGGCGAGGGGGGCUGCAGCCCCCAAAGUUUGGGCAACUCAGAUUUUUUGGGCAGCAAGAGAAAACUUGGGCAAAGCCAGUUUUUAAAGACGUUUCGAUGUUUUUUAUUAUUAUUAUAUUUUGAAGACAUAAAUAUUUUCUAUUUUAACCAGAAGUCGGCGUAAUAAUUCAGUUACGUUCACACGAGACAGUGGUUGCCUAGCACGUGAUGAGUUUCUGGUUAUAAGGGAAGGGUAUCAUAUGCUGAUUUUGUUGUUGUUGUUGUUGGGCACUGUACUUCACUGUACUAGCUAGAGUGGGCUAUUUCCAGUCAUGAAUUGAUUAGAAUAAACUUCCGCAUAACUUUCUAGAAUCACCUCCGCUCCUAGAAUAGUGUGUGGCAGAACACGCUUCAGCAAUGGGUCUGAAAGUGAAGUGGCUGACUAAUUCUCAGUUUGAAUUACGAGAAGAAUCAUAAAUUUCUUAAAAAAAUCUAUCAAGGGUUUAAAAAUUAUUCACUAAUUUGUUUAAGUAGACCGAAAUGUUUACGAAACCCCUAACAAGAUCGAGCGCCAAUCAAAUCCUUCCUUAGUAGCAAUUGGCAGGAGCUAUCUCCAUGAUCUUUCAUACGCGUUUUUAAUACGAUUGAAACUCCGUUUUCUAAACAUCAAGAUUUUCCUUUUUUACCUUAUUUCUAACAAUAAAAACUUCAUCCCAAAAUAUCUCCAUAACACUCUUACAGUUCCGUUUUAACUUCACGUACAUCGAGGCGACUAUUGGAGGAAAGAGCUUCCCUGAACGAUUUUGUAAGAACAGUUCCCAGUGAGAAAUAUUGCUGCAAGUAUAAUAGGUAAUGGCGUCAUUUCGUUGCUAUGACAGCUCCGAUGUCAGUGCAAUCCUGAUCAUGACAAAUUUCCUCUUUAUCUAAUACAACUGUGGUGGCAAUUUUUCCAAAUGCUUGUUUGUGGCGAAGUAGUUUAUGCUCAAACUUGGCAGGUAUUGACUCUGAAAAACUGUAUCGAGCCACUUUCAUAUGCCAGUACGGCCUAUUUUGUUGCAUGGCCCUAGUUUCCUUUCGACUGUUUUGUAAAAAAUUUGGGCAACUUGCAAGAAUUUUUGGGCAAAUGGAUUACCGCCCCCUGGCAAAAAAUUGCCCGUACGCCUAUGGCCAUAAUGGCUUUUGAUCAUGUACAUCUCAAACUUUCUCUUAGUAAUGACGGCCUAAUUCCAGCCUGAGUCAUUCUGAGUCAUCAAAGCCGUUUGUUUUACAUUAAAUCUGGUAUCUCAAACUGCCUACCCCCACCCCUGUCUACCAUUCAUUCAGCUAUUUGAGAUGUUUCUUUCUGUAUCUGCACUAUCAGCUUGUAUCGUCAAGGGCACACAACGACCGAAUCUUUCCAAUCACGUCCGACGUGUUUAAAAUUGUUUUCUCUAUGCUUUAGAAGUUGGUGUGAGCAGCCUUUAAAACUAUCAACCUGUUUGGACGUUUUCGGGGAGCUUUGGCCUUCUGGACUGUUUUAGGGAAGGUUUUUAUAAUGGCUACCCCGACGGGGACUUUCGAAACGACGAGAGAACACUGAUUAUUUAGUUAGCCCUAGUUUCAAACGGGAAAAAGAAACUUCCUAAAAUCGCAGGGAACUUAGUAGGAAAACUCAGACCAUCUUAGAUGAAUGGAACAGUUAUCCAGUUUAUUUGUAGCCUUUUUUGAGCUAUAGAAAUUUCUAGGUGAUAUAUAGUCCUGCGAACAGAUAUUUUUAAUAAUUUUUUUUUUUACCUACACAAUGCCCAUUACUUUUGGAAGUGCGUUCAGUAUAAGGACGUCCCUGGUCAACGUCAAGAGUGUCCCUGGUGUGGCCGUGUUUUUUUUUUUUCUUACUUUGUUGAUACCCACAACGAGUUAUUCACGCAAAAGUCACCUAAAAGCGGUCUUUAAAUGCGCCUUUCCCCAACCAUGGGAAAUUCAUAUUUUUAAAGUUACCCUUCCAAUUUAACUCACUGGGGCGGGUGUCAAAGUUAUUGAGGCCACGGAUUAAAUUUGCAUCAAAAACGUCCUGAUUAAUCGGUGAUGGUUUAGGCACUGUAUGUAGACCCCAGCUAUUAAUGCAAGAGGAAGACGCAAAAGGUCCUCUUACUUUAACGAAAUCUAACAGCGACCGCAAUAUAAAACUAUAAUUUAGCCUCGAGGUUUUGCAAAAAAUUGGUUACACGAAUGGAUUUAUCUGUCCGCCGUAUAUUCCUUCUGAACACUGUGCACACGAAACAACGUAGGGAUACAAGGUAUUGAUACGUAAAGAACUCAACUUGGCUGAGCACCGGCUCAACUUUGCCCUACAAUAAUUUGGUCCAAACUGCCCGGCUUUACUCAAAAAUUACUUGAUCUCCUAUCAUCUCCUAUGAAGUACAUUAGAGCCAGUUGAAAUAAAACACAUAUCUGUCCUUUAAUUUUGCAAAUAAUAAUUAACAACAUCGAUAAUCGGUAAAGGUACAAUAUCUAUAUAUCCAUGUGAUUAUUCCAUAUGCGGACCACUCCCAAGAAACCAAAUACGGUACAACUAAACGUACAGGGGCGUAGCCAACCCAUAAUGAGCCCAGACCUAUAAUUUUUUUUUUCAACACUCUACCGCUUGUAAUAAUUAUGGGUUGUUGGGAUAAGCUAAAAAGCUCAAGAGCUCAAAGUGUUGGUAAAGUCAGUGCGUCUUAGUCAUGCGUGUUAUUUUCAGGAGAUGUGGAAAUGAAAGCCAGCCAGGUCUACCAGAAAUACAAUGAUAAGUUAUUUGGGAAAUGAGAAAUUAUCUUAACUUUUACAACAUUAGCCCUUUCACUCGAAAACUCUGUUUUGUAAAAUCCGACGUUUAAAAAGCGCACAACAAAAUAUCUCUCUAGAGCGUUCAUGAUUUCAAGUAGAGAUGACUAGUAUCUCUUCAAACCAAAAACUACAGGAUAUCUAAAAUGGAAUUAGUUGUGAAAGAUUACCACCUCAUCUCAUAGAAGAGUAAUUAUCAAACAUCUUGUGCAAGUAGGAAGAUCAAACUCAUACAUGAAAUAAACUUUAACAAUACAGGGGGAUGUUACAAACUUGCCUCAAGUGACUUUGGGUUGAUUUAAAAAUUAUUAAUUGCCUGGAAUUAAAGAUUUUUUCAUUGGGUGCUUUCAACUUUAUUGCUAUUUUUUUAGUGGGGACAUCCAGUUUAACCAAAAGCACAAACAUCGGAUAAUAUACUUCAAGAUAAAGUAGAAGACUUAAAAUUCUCAUGUUAAGGAGUACGGUUCUUUUGAUUUGCAUAAACACAAAAACCCCGUCCCAUUUCCCUAUGAAUAAAAAAUACAGCAGAAAUUGUCAGAGCCAUCUGGUAUGAUGUCAAGGAUUCCAAAUGAAAGUUCAUUAAAGCCAUUGCAUAAAUGAAAAAAUUUGCUGAAUUCAGCUUGUUCGAAAUCAAGCACUGCUGUGGUAAACGACAAGAAAGCCGACAACAUUGUUGAAAACAUAUGUAAAAUUGACACAUAACUACCACUCAAAAAUUAAUCAGCUGGCAAUCACUUAACAUUACUUUUAACAUGAUUUCAAUAUUGUUUCUCAUCAUUGGCCAACAAAGGUGUAAUAUAUAGGAAACUGUGGACACAAAAAGGGGUAUGUUACAAAAAUUAAUGAUACAAGUUAUAUACAAAAAUAAUAAUAUGUUAAUACAAUAUCAGCAUUUCGGUCUUCUCCAAAUAGCCAAACGUCAAAUAAUGUCCUCUUCAUUCAUCCCUUCCACGUCAUCAUGGUCAGAAUUUUCGUCUCCACCUUCAUCUUCAUGGUUUUCCCCAUCUUCCUCCUCUGUUUCACUCAUAUCUUCUCUAGAGAUACAUUUCUUAUAGUUCUCAUAAUGUAUCUCCUCUUCCUCUGACUCCAUCACCUCUUCCUCUUCUUCCUCCUGAUCAUCCUGAUCAGGGUCAUCUUUGAGAAUGUCCUCCAGCACAUCAAGGAAGGGAGAGGCAUAUCUGUAGAGAAGAGGAAAUUAAACUUAAAUUUGUCAUUUAACUUAUGCAUCUAUUUUACAUGCUCUUCAGUCAAAAUGUCUGGAGCAAUUUCUCUAAAUUAUGUUAAAUGCUAAACUGUGGUGCUAUAGGGUAUUCAUUUACAGCAUUACAAAUAUUAUUCUAAUGAGUCCUCAUCCUAACAGUAGCAACAGUUGAAAAGCACUUAGUCUUGCAGAAUGCGACUAAUAUUUCUUCACUUGCUUUCAAACUCCUGUCUCAGACAGUCUGGAUCUUUGCCAAAUAUAAUAAAUACAUUCUUAUAUGGUGCAAUUACAAAGCUCAAUGCACCUUACAAUGUUUUACAAACUGAAAACAAAAUCAGUACCUCAUCUACCUUUGCCUUAUGUGUUUAGAACUAUGCUUGGGUUUUUUAGCCACUUAAUGAUUGGUUCUCCAAAAAAACACAGCAAACAUACAAAGGAACAGAGUUACAUGCUUCUGCAGGGCUACAUGCACCUGGUAACACCUAAAACAACAUAGACUUACUCCAUGGUGAAACUUCCAAAUUUGGGAAAAAAUUUCUUCCUUUUUAUACAAAACUGGCAAUGUUGCCCGCAUCUCCAACAUCUGGGGAAAUAUCGGUAUUUUACGCGAUCUUCCUCCUCAGAAAAAGAUUGCUCUUCCUCAAGUAACAGUGAAGGCACUUGAGGAUUUCCAGCUUCACUGAUCACUCCAUUCGUCUUCUGCAUUUUUAUUCUGGAAGAGAUCAGGGUCAGGAGUUCCUUUGUGGGGAUCUCCCCUGGUUUCCAGUUACCUAAAGGCAUUGAAGUAAGUAUUAAAAUGUGUAUAUACACCUGAUGAACACAUCAGAAACAAGGGGGGCUCUUCAUCAUGCAUGGUCACAUCAAUUAUCACUCUGCAGUCAGUGAUUUUACAGCUUCCUAUAUCUGAACAGUUACAUCAAUGAGGUUUAGCCCAAUUUUGCUUUGGAGGAUUUCUUUUGAGUUUCGCUGCAAGUCUGACAGACUUAAGUUUUUAACUUCCCGCAGCUUCUAAAUAGGUACUAACUACCCCUCAACCUGGAAAAACAUAUGCCAUGAUGACAGUUAUGCACUAGUCAAUUGUAACCCCAACCCCCAAAGCCCCGGGGAAUAGUGGGGAAUUCACACGAGCAGCUCUGUAAUUUUAGAAACUUCCCCAGGCCCCAGGGACAGAUUCAGAAGGAAAUUUCCCCUACCUCUACAGCCAGUAAAUAAGUUGAUACAAUGAACAGGGUCACAAAGGGGGUGGCGGAUCCCGGGAGCCCUAAAAUGUUUUCCAUGGAGCCCGGAGCCCCAUCGUUUUGUUGCCGGAGCCCUAUUAUUAUUUUACUGUAGAGCCUGGAGCCCUCAAAACGUUUUCUCUGGGGGGCCCGUAGCCCCAAAUAUUAAAAUUCGGACAUUUUUGCACACAGAUAGCGUCAUAAUGUGCUUUGUUUGUUGUUUGCUCGGAAUCGGAAGGAAGAUAGUAACAAAACCAGUACACUGUAAACUAGACUGAGGCUAACUUACAUUCAUUCUUUUCACUGUAAUGAUGCUAUUCUGGGGUGCGCUGCAAUCCAAACUUACUACUUUUAACUGCAUCAUUUAUUAAAGUUUAAACUCUAAAUUACUGAGAUAUAUAUUGCUUGAUUUAGGUCUUUAAGCUUUUGUCCUACCUAGAGAUUGGAAAAACCAACAUAGCACCUUUCGACUGUAGUGUCAGAUAUUUUUACAGCAAAAAUUUGGUUCUCGUGUUACCUCAUCAAAAGAAAUGUACUCGGGUGAUUUCGAGAGGUGUACGAGAAAAUACCCCUAAUCUAUGGAGAAAGAUUCUCUCAAACUCUCUCAACACUAACAAAGGCUAGUGACUUUGCGUCACUACUAUCCAGUGAGAUACUAUCACUCUUGCUCACCCAAAACCUAGCGUUUUUGACCUGAAAACACAAAACAACGUGGAUCAAAUAUUGGUUUCGUUUCCACCAGCCAAUGGCAAGCCAGUAUUUCCGAUCCUAGCGACCAGUAUUUAUACAGCCAUUUUCGCUCUACACACCUAAGACUUUGCUAGCAACUGACGAGGAACGCUAAAGUUCCGAAACUGCAGUCUUGGUUAAGAAACAAAUUGUUAAAAUCUUACUAUGAGUGAAAACUCAGGGAAAAACCUGCAAGAGAUGCUUACAACUGUUAACAAAGACGAGAGAUUUCACAACCAAGGAAUCCUUGAGAUCCACGUACAUUUUAACCCUACGGAGACUUUUAAAUACACGCAUUUUUCUGCCUGUAACUCUCACGGGGUCAGAAAAGGUCUCAUAAAAGGCCAAGCCCUUAGACUUCUGAGAACAAACUCCUCAGCAAAAUCCUCCCAUGAGAACAUCUAGAACUUCAAAAAACGCCUUCGCGCUAGAGGUUACCCUCACAAUCUCAUAGAAGAAAUCACCUCUGAGGUUGAAUUUACCGAACAGAAGUCAGCUUUACAAAAGAACAACGACAGAAAGAAAAUUCUGCCUUCAUUACCACGUACCACCCUGCUUUGCAGAACCUUAAAAACAUUUUAAUGAGCAAAUGGCACUUUAUUUCAAAAUCAACCGCUGCUGAGAGAAAUAUACAACGAGCCUCCCAUCAUUUCAUAUAAAAGAGCAAAACCGCUGGGAGAUCUCCUUAUUAGAGCAAAACUAUAAGGUCAUGUAUCACACUAUCACGAGCUUAUGAGUGGUGUUUGGCCUGUCAACACCUUCCAUCUAGGAUUUGGUUUUGGAUUUUAAAAUAAAAAAAUUAAAAAAAGGGCGGAGCCUGUAGCCCUUGAUAAAUUUCUCGGGAGCCCUGGAGCCCUGGAGCCCUGUUCAUUUUGGUCCGGAGCCCCGGAGCCCUAAACCCCUUUGGGACCCUGUCUGCUACAUGCGAAAGUUUUGCUGACCUAAGCCGGCGAAACAUUUCAUUAAUCCCAACAGCGUUCGAGUCCGCCAUGUUUGCUUCUUUCGCGGGCAAACAAAUCACGUGACCGAAACACUGAAACAAAAAAACGCCACCCCCACCCCCAUCCCGGGAGAGGUAUAAGCCGUAAAUUUCUGGUAUUCCUCCAGGGACCGAUGCAAGAAGUCAAUGUAAAAUCUCCGUAUUUCCCUCACUAUUGCGCCGUAAAAUGCCUACUAUCCGCGGGGGUUUGAGGGUCGAGAUUACAAUUGACUAGUGCAUUACCCGAUUUGACACGCAAGCAGUUUUGUUUUUGCUCGCGCGGGGCAGUAGUGACCAAGGAAAGCCUUCAAGGUUUCAACCAAACUGUCCCUAAAUAACGAAAAUUUAAAAAUAAUCAGCUACCUAGCCUUGUAGGUGUCAUUUCUUCGAACGCUGCCUUCGUCUCCGAGUUGCUGGUCAACAACAUUCGACCCAGAAUCGCUGAGACUCCUUCCAGCACUGGACCGCCACGAACUUUAUGGUGAGCUCGUAGACCGCUCUGACAACCGAAGGAAUAAAUUGCCAGAUCAAGGAGAUCGGAAAAUAGGGGGUGUACAUGUUUUACCUUCGAAACGACUGUUUGCGUUGACGCAGUACACGUGGACGACGAAGACGACAUUUUGCAAAUGACCAGACGAUCAAUCUCGGCCCAGAGCUCUUCUGCGCAUGAAGAGAAGAACCCAUAAGCACUGGGGUCGAGAAUGCCCGACGAUCACCAAUCAAACAACCAGGCAUUGUGUCCAGAAUCCAACCAGAGGCCUGAGGUAACGCGUAAUCGAUUGUCACGCUACGACUGUUUGCUCUCUCUCUCUCAUCAUGCCUUCUUCAAAUUUAUUGUCGUUUCUCAGACCUCUGUACGAUAUUGCUGUGUGGCAGUUCAUUUUAAUGCUGGGGUUCAAGGUAGAGAGACGGAGAAUGGAAAGGUUGAAAUUCACGUGGAAAAUGCACGAAGUUGUUGCAAAUUUCGUGUGCAAGCUGUUAGAGGCGAGACCGUUCGACCAUUUGAAAGCUAGAAUGGAAGAAGCAGAAAUUAAGACCGCAACAGAGGGAUGGAAACCAGGGGAUAGACCGACAAAAAAGAAUGAUCGAAUGGUGCCAAGAUCAAUGGCGGAGAAAAGAUCCAGCAUAUCCUAAAGAAAACUGCGCCUUCUCCGUCAACGAACCCUUCACUAUGCCUUGGUUUAGCGACAUGCCAGUCUGCUUCAAUUGCGGUGUUCCUUGUCCUGAGUGCCGUACAGAACUCGGAGAAGACAUUCCACAAGAAUUGUCCACUGCUCACGCCCUUCAGCACUUUGGGGCAAUACGUGAAGAAUCGAGCGAGGAUGAAUCAUCGGAUGAAGCAUCGUCUGAACCAAGGCAAGUUACGUCACGAAUGACUCUGAGAUCGUCUCGCAAAUAAGCUCUCGGCUGGGUUGCUGGGGCUGGAGAGCAGCGCUUCUGGACUGUGUACGUAGUUACAUUUUUUGAAAACUUUACCAUUACAGACAGGUCAGACUCAUUUCGGCACUCGUCUCAAGUUUUCAUAGCAUUUCUUUGUUCAUUAUUGUUAUCGUUGAUAUACUGGGCCGAGUUGUUCGGAGGCCGGUUAGCGCUAACCCAGGGUUAAAUUUUAACCCGGGUUUCUUUUUCUUUUCAGCAAAAACGUUUUCUCGGAAAUUUUCCCUAUUCUAUUUAGAGUAUUUAAUCAUCAAAUUGUAGAAAAAAGAAUUAAACUGCAUUUGCAUUUUAAGCUUUCAUAUCUGAAUUCAAAUUUUUUACUAACCCUGGGUUAUGUUAACCCGGCUUUGAACAACCCGGCCCAGGUGUUUUUAGUUAGUCAGCCGAGUUUAAUCUGAAAAGUUAUGCAGAUCAAGAAAUCUAUUUUUUCUAUUGGGGUAGGGGGGAGGGGGAAUUGGAGUUGGAGGGAGGAGAGGUGUAGCGAUAAUUUUACCAUCCUCAUCAUUAUCACUGUUAGUUAUGCAUGAGUAAACAACAGGGUAAUAUGCAAUUUUAGUAUUCACCUAAUCAGUGGAUAGCAAUUUUCCAUUGGUUCCCUUGGCAUUUCACUGUUUUUGAACGGGUUUCAAAGUGGCGUCUCCUUUCGCGACAGUUUCGAAAGAUGCAAUUUUAGCGGAAGAUGAAGCAUCUGUACUAACAAAUACCUAAAAAGAGACAAAAGUUUGCUUGACAGACGGUUUACAGGUCGGAAAAAAAAACUUUCUCACUGGGUUUGCAAGAAAAUUAUAAAAAUAAUCCCCCGAACACUGUCAAUUGAAACGUAAUAAACUCCAAUUAAGGAACGUGUUUUGAGUACAAAAAUUUCCUUUUUAUUGAUUUUAACCCAACUGAUUUGGUAAGUACUAAAACAACUAUACCCCUCAGGCUCUGUUCAUAGCAGUGGAUAUAUACCUCUACGCUUCGUGUCUCGGUAUAUACCCACCACCAUUCACCUCUCCUUCGGGGAAUAAUUGUAUAUUGUGAGAAAUGAUGCACAAAUUUAGGAGAAAAUGUUUGAAACUGUGUUUCUGUACAAAAGAGAACCCAAAAUGCCCAAUACUGUAGAUUUUCAACUAUAUUCUCGUCAGGUGCCCCUGAGAAAUGAAGGGCUUUUUUUUUUUAAUUUUAAAUUAACAUUCUAGCGAUACAAUGUCAUUCCCAUGAUCAAUCUCAUCUCUCCAUCACCUUGAGGCAUGAGCAUGGGAAGAACUAUAGUCUCCAAAACACUGUAUUUUCAGCACUACAGAUGUAUGCUGGGCGCAAGCCUGGUGGACCCUCCAUAUGGUUUGCAUAAAUUAUAACACUGUGGUUCCUUUAACAAUUGUUAAUAUUGUACACAUGUCUGAACAAGGAAAAAUUCUUGAUUCCAAAGACAAGUAACAUUUCUGCAGUUCUUCACAGAAGCCACCAAAAGACACUUCUACAGGUCAGAAUCAUAGUAACAUUUCUGAUUGCAUUUCUGAUUGCAUGUUUGUCAUUUCACAGGGGUUACAACUACUCUGUACAUACUUACAUAAACCAUGAUACGAUAGCACAACCAUGAUUUAAAGGAGAAAAGAUAUCUUAAUAGAUGUUAAUAAGUGUAAAUUUUAUUUAAAUCUACUGCAUCCUGAGUAAAAAAGGAAGUUAAUGAUAAUAACUUGGUUCAAGAAGAAUUUUUUGGAAAAACUAAAGGACUUUUCAAGGACUAAAAUCAUUUUUGUCCAUACCUGUUAUCUUUUUAUUGGGGUGGCUGUGGUUCUAGAAGUGGGGCUGACACAGGGUCAUGCGACUAUCGAAAUUUCUUGGAUGCAUAGGUUACCAAAUUUUCUUUAGCAUGGCUGCUCUGCAGCGCACGCUUUGUGCCUGUAAGAGCUCCACUAUAAUGACCUGUCAGAAUCAAUCCAAGGUGACUGGUAGAGGGGGGAGGGUAAAAAAGCUUUACAAAAAGAAAAAACGUCACUGCAAGAUGGUGCGCAUUCAGGUUAAUAUAUUCUUUAUUAAUUAUCUCAGGGGUUUGAAAAUCCAGAUCUUGUGGUCAGAGACUGGUUGGCCAUCAUGAUGCUCUUUUAUCAUUUCAGCUCUGGCAUCUUGAGUGUAGAGCUCAAAACUGUUUGACUUCCUGAAAUUGAAUGCAACACUUGAUUUAGACUAUUUUACUGUUUCUACAUUAAGCAAAAGACCAAUAAAACAUGAGAUACAUGUAUAUAAACUUGUGUAUAUAUUUAUAUAUAUAUACAGAGAGAGCUAAACAGUGAAUAAGACAGAUAAUUUAUUUAAAUAAAAAUAUUUCAUAUUGAGACAAUACUAAGUUACAAAUAAAAAACACGAGAUCACAUACCAUCUGCCUGCUCUUUUGAUAGAGCUGUCAUCAGCCCCACAUCUGGCAGCCCAUCGGGCCGCAGACCGUCUGAUGCUGUGUGUGGUGAACUCUUUACCAAAAAGAGCCUUUGACAUCUAAAACAAUAAGUGGAAAUGCUAUGCCAUAAAUAAAAUGGUAUCCAGAACCCACUGCAACUUUUCUGACCUAGACACUAUAAAUCUUGGUAAAAUACAAAGGAGAUUUCAAAUAUUUAAGGUUAUUGACUAGUAUUACACAGAGUAUUCCUCAAUGGGCAUGCAUCGUAAGGUGGCGUCCAGAAAAAAUAAGCUUCAGCAGUACAUUAUUAAAAUGAGGUAUUUUCAGUACUGAACUAUUAAAUGCAAAAACAUAAAUAAAAUACACGACUCUGACAGUUCUAACUUGCUUAAAAAUAGGUUCAAAAUAAACAUAACAGAAAUAAAAUAGAUGUUCUAUUUGCCUCCACAGGUAAGGCCAUCCUCUCUCUCUUUUUCCUCCAUUUAGUGUCGCCCAACUGACACAAAUUGUUAGCAUUUUCAAAAAAAAAAUUAUGAUGUUGUUGAAACAUUUUUCACUUGAAAUACUGGUAAUUCCCUUAAUUUUAAUCUUAAAAAUGAGCAUAGUAAAACAUAGAGAAAAACAGGAACAUUUUUUACAGUAUAUCAUCCAUUCUGUUAAUCCAUACUGUAAAUGUUCACUUUUUAAGUCAUCCUGGGGUACCUGGGCCUACUAUUCAGAGACUUCUUGUGUUUCUUUAGGUAUUUUUUAUUUUCAAUCCGGCUGACCGAACUAAAUCUUCCAUCUUUCACCCACUAGACACUUUGACAUUGCCACAGUAAAAACAAAAACAAAAACAAAACAAAAACAAUUGGACAAAGUGCAGUUGGCAUGCGCUUGGCACAGCUCCACAACAAUGACAAGUCUGGUAACACCACUUUGUUAUUACAUUAUAUUAAUGAGGACAGUUUUUUUUAAUAACAAGUUUGACAGGGCUUAUCCAAGUAAAGACUACUUUGGAGCAGAAAGUAAAAUAAAAGGUACCGGUAUAUCCAAAUUGAUUUUUUGUUGUUUACACUGAUUGUCAAGGGUGCCUAAAUGGCACAUGUAAAUUGGCCAAAAAGUGUACCAUUUAUUUACAUCAACAGCUCAAAACUCAGGUACUGCUGGAACUGAUAGCUUGUUGUUAAUUAAGCGAAAGAGCACAUGUACCUCCAAAAGGUUUUCCUGUAUGUAGUAACACCUCGAGCACAGUUAGGAAGGACUGCUCGGUUGUUUUUAGCAACUCGGGGAAAAAAUAUAAUUUUGCCCUUUCCUAAUUCCUGCAGAUGAAAUAAAAAAUAGCUUUAGCAUAAAGGAAAAAGUACCAAAAUCAAGAAUCAAAGCCAACAUUAUGGAUUAACCUAAAAAUGUAACACCAAAUCAAUUGGAAUGUUACAUUACAUGAUCAAUCUCUUCAAAGAAGAUGGCACAUAAUAUAAAUAUUACAAACUAAAAUAGGGCUUAAAUUAUGUGACAAAUACAAUUAUCUACUAACCCGUAAUAAGUAACCAUGUGAAAAGGGCAGUAACUGGGCAUAACUCGCAGUUUAAUGGGUUGGCCCAAAGAGAUAGUGUCACACCUGCAGUGAGAUUAUUGUGAAAAUGGAAGAGCUUAAUAACUUAUUUUAAAAAAUGACCAUCACAUCAGCAUUGCAAGGUUCAAAAUGGUGCCCAAAAGAAACAUGGUCUCAGUUUGGUUAAUUCAACAAUAAAAAAAAGUAAGUGAUCAUGUAGCUACAGCAUAUUUUAAACUUAUUGUUUUAGGUAAACAAAAUUAAUAAUGCUAUUAAUCUUUGGUACUUUCGAUGAAAAGUGGAACAGCACUAGAGAACUCCUGAAGUACACUGAAGAACAACAAAUUCAGGUCUUAAAAUCAAUGCACAAUUAUGAUGAUAAUACUAAGCCUUAAGACCUGCAUGCCCAAAUGCCAAUUAUCAUUGCAUGGACACAAAGUUAAUCAACUGUAUUCCAUUUAAAGUCUCCCUCAAACAGGAUACUUGACAGUAGCAAAACAGUCACCUUUGGCUUUUUUGUCUGCUUUGGACCAUGGUAUCUUCACCUCGAUUCUUUGUGGCACUCUACCAGAAUCAACUUAACACAAAUAUAAAUAAAUGUAACAUCAAUUCAAUAUUUAAAGCAUAAGGAUUCAAGGUUAUUGCAAAAUGUAAAUUUUCAUUAAAAGUCUAUUAUCUGGGAUAUAGACAUGAACCAUUGAAGCGAAUAUUCUAGAUUAGAAAUUCUCAGGAGAAUUAAGACAUCAUUGAACAUAAUUUAACUAUCAUCUUUUGGUGAGAUUUUACACAUCUGAACACUUACCAUCUAAAGCUUUUUUAUUUUCCAGGUAUGAUUAAGUUAUUUGUCCUUAGAAGUCAUUUUAGUUUCCUUUUGUUUUUAAAAGAACUACCGGUAUUCAAGAAUUCAUUCAAAUUGCAGUAGUUUGUUAUAGUGACUUAUCAAACUAUCCUGCUUAUAAGUUAGUGCCAUAUAUAAUAUUAGUCCAUUUUACAGCAACAGGUUGAAAUGACCCUGGAGUUGACCUUGUUGUGGAUACAUCCCUUUUUGCUUUCAUUAAUUAUCAUGUAGAUCGUAUUGUUAUUAUGCUGACUGAUAUUUUUCAAGCAUGUAUUGUUCUUUACGAAAAGAAGGAGCUUAUUUUUUUUAGAAAAAAGAACAACCCCAGCCUCACAUUCCCUCAAAGGCUAAGUUACCAAGUCAGAAACUAUAAAAUGGUCUGUUGUUGAAAUGUAAUGAACUCGAUAUUGAAGUAUUGCUAAUUAGAUUCAAAUUUUAAUCUGCCUAGGAAAGGUUGUCCACACUUCACUGUCAAUACCGGUAUAUAAGUGUACAACAUACCUGCAUAGUUUUGAGGCAGUUUUAAAUGUCGCAGCUUAAGGCGUAGAGGUUCCUCACCUCGUAGGAAGAGGGCAAAUGAAAAUAAGGUCAAGGUCCAAAGCCACAACCCACGCAUUCCCUUAAAAGAAUAAAAACAAGCAACAACUUGUUAAUUAUUAUGUAAAGUUUAAUAACUCAAGCAAAUAAACAUAUACCCAGCAGAAAGAAUUAAGAAGGCAUCUUUCUUUUAGACAAAUAUUGCAAUUACCAUAAUUUUAGAGCUGUUUAAAAAGGAUGAAAACUAUCUUGUACUGUUUAUUCUCAUUAAUUAUGUAUUUCUUACUGUUGUUCAGUUAACUCCCUUUGACGAUCUCAUAAUAAAAUGGAGCUAUACAGCUCCAUACAUUUCAUAUAAAAAAGUAACUGGCUAUUUUCUAGCACAAUACUUAUUUACAUAUGACAGUUAUUAUAAAUCCAUCUGCAGGAUCAUUGUAUACACAUUCUAAAAUUCAAAAUAAUUACCUCUAUUGUCUUGAAGCAGUACUCACGCAUUCUCAACAACUGAUGUAGGGUAAAUGGAGGGGCCUUUUUAGGCUCAUAUGCCACCCUCCCUUGACGCGCAUCUCUUCUUGUUGGCCGCGAUGACCUCCUCACAAGCUACUUUAUGGUCUGUUUUACCGCUAAAAAUUCAAGAGCAGUGAGUAGGUUGGAUGAAUAGCUGGUUAGAUGGACUGUGAUAACUUUUAAUGGGGUUUAUCAAACUAUAUUCAAAGCACCUGAUUCUAGUGAUGACUUAUGAAAAGGAAGAAGAUACUGGCAACAAUUGAGAAACUGAGCAUGCAGAUACACAGUGUUAAGAAAAUAUGGCUUUGGUGACAACAAGAUGUACAGUUUCAACUGUGAGAGGCCAAUAAAGGCAAAGAGGUCUCCAAACAAACAUUAAGUUAAUAUAUUUUCGACACCCUGAUAUGGCUAUUUUCAACAUAUGUGUGAUUAUAGGUACUUUUGCUUUUUGCUGUUUAGUGUAUGUAUGUCAAAACUGAAGUAACAUUAAAGAAAAAAAUCAGCAGUCAGAGUUAAGCAGUGAUAUGCAGCUACUAUAAUACACUGUAUUAAUUUUAAGACAUAUAAUAAAGGAUCCAUCAAGUACAAUAUCAACGUUGCAAAAAAAGUACAAGAACAAAAGUGCCAAUGGUGGAAAGUCAGCAAACUGAAAACAACACAAGUUGACUGAAGGAAGAAAACCUGCACAAGUCACUAAAAAAAGACUUGUUCUAAUGACGAACACCACAACUAACAACAGAGCCUUGCUGAGAUUUCUACCAAUGUGAUGAAAUGUCUGUAAAUUUGAGGAAGACUGUUUAAGACAGAAUGUGCUUAUAUUCCACACUUUGCUAAUUUCCCCUCGCCAGGCAUAAUUCACAGGAAGAGCUAACAUGCAUGUGGAUCGUCAAUUGAACAGAAGAAAAUAAUUCAUUUACCUGAGGAAUUCAUAGGAUUCCCUUUGGCAAUAACUUUUUGGGACCCAUCUGGUAGGACCUCGAUGGAUUGGCUGUAAGGGCCUGUGUGCCCAAAAACAUUAAACCAAUAUGUGAAGGCUGCAGCAUGGCCUCUCACAACUGGAGGUUUAAGGCCACGGCAGCGGAGUGUCCCCAGCCUCUUGCCUUUUGUCUCACUUAACAUUUCUGAAAGAAAUUAAACAACAAAGGUUUGCUUUUAAAUAAAUUAGUAAGCCACACCAUACGACGAUGUCAUUCCAGCUUGACAUGUGAAGUAUAAAUACAGAACAAGGAGGUCAACAAAAUGAGGGGCAAAUGUGCCCAACAGGCAUAUUACAUUGAAACCUGCUCUAAGGACACACAAUAAAUCUUUUUUUAUUGUACAUAACCCUGAACAAUUAAAAGAAGCUAUAUGUAACUAGACUGUGCAUGAUUUACUUCCAUUGCGUUUAGAUGGAAAUAAUUUUGCCCAGUGUAAAAUAUGGUUGGCAAGAGAUCAGAAAAGGAUAAACUUAUUUUAAAUGUUAUUCCAACUUUAUGUGAAUGGUCACUUAUGUGUGAGUGAUCCAAGUUUGCGGCACAAUUUGCAUACUGACUGCCACAAGUAACAUAAACUUACAUUCUAUUUGGGCAAAAAGCCCUGGCAGCUUUAAAUAACAUCAUAAUGGCAAAGGGUUUUGAAACAAUUGUACUUGCCUUCACAUCUGAACAAAAAUUUUUAAAAAGGAUUUCAUGGUAGUGAGGAGGGAUCUCAUUCAUCAUUAACUUGACCAACCAAGCCACUUCACAUGAAGAGACCCUGGGAAUGCAUCCUCCACUGCUGUUUCGUAUGUGUGAUAAAUUACAGUUGUUCUAUGACAAUCUAAUGUCGAAUAAUUUAUGUAAAACAACUGUUCUAAAAAAAGAAAUGCAGAAUAAAAAUCCACUCCUAACUAAUCUACCACAAAAAAUUUAAGGGCUCUACACGCAGCUACAUCUGCUACAAACACUUUUUUAAAUUUUCUAUACAUUUGCCAGUAAAAAGUUUUCUUUUUGCAAACAAAAAUUUCCCCUUUGAUUUUAUUACAAGUAGUUAUGGUGAGUCCCACUGCAGAACAAUUGAAUCUUGGUUCAAAAAACAACAAGUCCGAAAUUGAAAAUGCUUGGGCCUUUAUGUGACCAGACAUUCUUUUGUAAAGCACAACUAAGACUAAAAUAAAUAUGCGUUGUUAAACAACAAACACAGAAAUCACACAAACAGGGUAUUCUACAAAAGCAUCCUCAGAUCGAUCAAUUGAUCUUUGCGUCCUACAGGACCCAUGCCAUGAACUUUUGUGCGUCUUUGGGAAUUUUUAUGCAUCAGGGACACAGGACGCAGAGGUAACAAAAUCACUGAUGGAAAAUCCAAAGAAAGCGUACACGUCUUUAGUGGUGUGUGACAAACGCAGACUAAAGGCUUCCGCCGUAUAUUAGCCCUUUCUUAAAGAAUAAGUUUAGAGAAUUUGAUAACAGAUCAAACCAUUUUGCCUCAGGUGAUCGUUUCGUUAAUUUUCAUAUCCUCUUGACAAUGGGACUUAAAGGGUUAGCACAGUAACGGCCCCCAAACUACUUUAUUUUUCUUUCAGAACAGCCGUUUACCAAGCCCUGCCUUGUGAACGGAACUUCCGGUUUAAUAUUUAGGUGUGAAAUCUACCAAGCUUUUGAGUUUUCAAGAGUUGUGAAAUAAGAGGAUCAAUUACCCCAUGCUUUUUAAAUAAUCAAGGCGCAAGCUUCUUCUAGCAGCUUUGAAAUUGCCACAGAUGGCCUGUUCCCGGAUCUUGGUUUUUGGGACAAGCAAACGAGUGCUAAAGACAAAAAGCUAGCCUGCGUCACAGCCGGCCCACGCAUUCGUCUAAACCAUUCAGUAUAUAGCAAGCACGAAAAUUAGCUGUCACAUUCUAAAAGCCUAAGUUUAUUAAUAAGUAGCGGGGUGAUCGAUCGGCUACAUUCACAGAACAUUAAAGUAACGUUACUCUUUCAAGUCGCACAUGAAUUAAGAAAAGACGAAAAUAUGUUUCGACAUUUUCUUGUGUUAUCUCGCUACGAAUUAAACGACUUCACUACUUAUUUUUUUUUAGCAAAAAAAUCACACCCACCAUACAAGCAGAGAAGCAUAAAACCGACAAACUUACGCAUGUAGGUCUGGAUUGUUGCCGCCAAAAAGGGCCUUUUACUAGGCCCAAACAACACCGCAUCAUCUCCAUUUUGCUGAGCAAACUGCUCCAAAGACAUGAGCCGGAGCUCAUAGGUCCGACUCGUUUUCUCGUCGUGUGCCUGGCUUUCGUUUUCUGCCGCGAGCCUUGCGCCCGCUGCGAGAUUGGACGAUAGAAAGCUCCCAAUAUCUUCCUCAUUUCCGCAGCUUUCGAUGUACCGUAGUACAUUAGGACUACGGCCUUUGUAGUUCUUUCUUUUUGGAGGCAUCCUGAAAACGCAACACUGCGCGCACAACAGCCGCCAACAGAGCUCGCACGUGGCUUGAAAUGUGCACUGUCGCACCUAAUACAUGACGUAUUUACAGGACAGAAAUUUGAUUGGCUUAUUCUUGCAGGAUUCCUACAGCCCCCCGCGUGCAUUUCUACAAAUUCCUACCGACGGGAUAAUCGUUCAUUAUGAACACUAAGUCACUCAGAAUGCAUGCCAUAUUGUGUUAGUGUAUUGAGUUUUACCAUGAAUGCAUGCUACAUCAAACUGAGAUUUCUCCGAAUUACUGAAAAUGUGGAGGAACUGUACUUAUUAAGUGAUAAGGAGUACCUCUAAUAUAGCUAAUAUCUACAACUUAAGCGAAACUCUAUCAUAUUUUAUGAUGAAAGCAUGACAUCGUUUACUUGUAUUCAUUUAUAGGCCAUAUAUGCAUCCUUAACCGACUGCGUUUAACGUCUGUCUCUACAUAAUUUUCAUUGAAGCAAAGUUUCUGAUCGAGAUACGAAUUAAUGCGUCGUCUGGAAUUUUCAGCCGUCUCCUCGAGUCGCAAACUCCCGAGACGUCUGAAUCAACGAGCCGCUAAAAAGCUUGAAUGAAUUACCAAGUACAAUUAAGGGUUUUCAUGGCAACUGAAAAAUGGAUGGUUAGAAGUACUGGAGUUGGUGGCUUUAUUUUUCCUCAAAAAAGGAACCUUUGGUGCUAAAAACUCGUAGGGGGGUUCCCUAGAUGCUAUAUAUGCUUUUUUGAGAUUUUUUUUUUUCGAAAAGGGCAAAUAGUAAUUUCGAUAAAUAGCAGUUCUUCUAUCUCACCGCGCAUUCAGCAUAAAGUUGUUCUUCUUGUAGUGCUAACUGUAUUCACCGUAGGUUUCUGACUAUUCAGUUCUUUUUUUUUUUGCAAUAAAGAUUUGGGUAGGAAUACCCUUUCAGAUAGGAGAUAGUGAGGCAGCACUCAGUCUUCCUCUGUUUGUCUGUCAACUAUAACAAAUUUUUUAGCGUAGCAUUUUAAGGUUUCAUUUGACCAGCAUUUUGUGCAGCGAGUUGUAUGGUCACAAUUGACUUCAAAUUGAUAUAAAACAAAUAUAAAAUAUAAAGCAAAUAUAAAACUAUUUGCUGAAGUAAGAGAAAAAUCUGUCGUAUGAUUUUGAAAUCAUUUACAGUUUUGUAAAAAUGCGGACCAAAUAUAUGCCAAAACCUCAAAAGUUUUUAUACGUACAAAAAAAGAAGAUGUUAUUAAUUUCCACCCUACUUUAUUAAGGAUGCCAGAGAUCACAGAAAUAGGUUAAAUCGUUCCUAGCUGCUGAAAAACGCGAUUCAAAAACAUAACCAACUCGAAUAUAAAUAGGUUCAGGCCACCUUAAAACCAAAGAUGAGAUCUUUUUGCGCUUACACAGGAGCUGCCUUUAUAUGAGCAACUUUAUCUUAUGAGUAACAAUGGCAAAAUGUGUGAUUGCAAAGAGCGACUGCAUGCCAAUUUUCACUAUUGAAAGAACUGAACCGCACCUUAAGCCAAGUAUAUGAAUUUGGAUUGUACCGGCAUCGUAAAUCAUCAUUCUAAUGAUCAACCUCGUCCCCAGGGCUUUUCCAGUAAAAAAUGGGUGGGGCCAGCUCCUGGUGGGGCCAUACAUUUUUUAAGGGAAAAGCCCUGGGGACGAGGUUGUCUAAUGAUUUAAAAACAAAAAGUGAAAAUGGCGUUUUUGUGACGCAAAAUUUUUAAAACAUUCUAUUUCAAAAACUGACCCACAGGUUUUUUUUCACAUCUUGCCAAGGUAAAGGCAAUGGUCUAAACUAUUAGCACACUAGUGGAUUUUUGCUAGAUUUCGAGAAAAUUUCAUGUCAUCGUUAUUCUGUUGCUAUGGAAGCGGCGAUGUCAACAAAAUACACUUAGUUCAAUGCUAGAUAUGUUGUUUCACUUUGUCGCGGCGCUUUUCCGUACAUGCACUACAGCCAAAGUUCUACAGCAUCAAACACAAAGGGAUGUCUGAGACCUUGAAAAAUGGGUGCGAGCCUCGUCAAUACUUUCUAAAAUGCCUGAAAAAUUAUAUUACUAGGGUAAUUUACAAAAGCCUACUUUGCUCGCCAGUUUUUUCUAUUCUUCCCUACCAGGUCUACCAAGGAGCCUGGUCCCAAGCUACAAUUUAGGGUGUAUCUUAAACGAUCAGAAAUAAGAAAGGAUUGGUUCAAAUAAAAAAAAAUCAAUUUCUUUAUUAUAGAAGGCAUAAAAUUAAUGUUUCAUUCUAUAGAACCCUUAGCCACAAUAAAAUUACAGUUGUAAUAGGGCAUCCGAGAAUCUUGGUGAAAUAAGACUCACCACCGAGUAGUCUCUGGUCUGCUACCUGCAGACGGUACUUACCAUUACAUAGGGCAACCGGAAAUUCUGGUUGGAAAAUCAAAUCUUUGCGCCAUUUUGUUUGGGAAGCCUCAGAAAAUAUGGGCUGUGUUUUGGGAUGAUGUAAUUUUUCCACGCUUUUUAGUAUGUUCACAUGAGUUGGAUAUACAUUGUAGCGGGUCUCCCACCACGUCAAAUUUUUAUGCACACGAUUUCCGGCCGGGUGGUUUGUCCAGAAAUGGGUCUAAACGUUGAGUACUCGGAGUGUACAACAUCCUUUAUUUUGGUUUCAGCUUAUGAGUAUUCAUUUGGUGGCUUUUUAUUUUAUCCCCAUUUUAGGGUUGCGAACAAGUUAAAAAUUGACUCGAGGUCAGAUUUCUUGCCCAUGGCGUUCCCUGUUACCAUUAGCAUUCCACAAAACAUUUCCGGUCCAAGCGAUGGCUUCAUUAAACACGUAGAGUUUCACGGCGCAGACGAGACAAAUUUCUUCUUCACGUACAAAAAACUGGAAAAUACCCUGUUGUUUGAAUACCUGAGACGAAACGGCACAUUAUGUCACGAGCAUGUUAUGACUGUAACCUUUAAAACGCCGACGGUCCACUUCUGCGUUGACGUCUUAAAAAGAGGCAUUUUUUGCGAACGAAAACAGUACCGUUUUCUUGGUUAUUCUGAAAGUCAAAUGACAGAGAAAACGUGCUUUAUGAUGCACAUGUCAGAAUACGGAAUUCAUGAUCUCCUGUCAAACUUUGGCGACUUCUACCAGAUAACGGAUCCCCGGUUGCGAGCAAGAAGGUGCGGUUUGUUAUUUGCAACAUUUGAUAACUUACUGGAACUAAGUAGAGAUGAUGUCGUGGUCGAACCAGAUGUAAAAAGUCACUUUGGAAGAGACAUAUUCACUUCUGGCUGUGGGUUUAUGUAUCCGCAAUUUCAUGCCAAGUUGCGAAGUCAGCUUAAAGGUACCCGGUAUCCGGAACCUAGUGCUAUCUUAGUUCGCUACCAAGAGUUUGAAGGUAUGUUAGUCCUGAAAGAUGGGCCCCCAAAUGUCAGUCACCAAGUACAGUUGCACGAGUCUAUGCAGAAAUUCGACAUCCAAGAGGCGAUAAAGAAUGCAAUUACGUUUAUGUGUGUGGUGGACCAUUCUAGACCUCACGAGAAUGGUUAUCUUGACAUUCUUCUUACUAUGCUCCUAAUAGACAGAGGAGUGUUAGUUGAGUACAUCAAGAGUCUACAGAAGGGUUAUUAUAAACUUUUGAAGAAAAUGUGCAAAGAUAAAGCUUCAGCAGAUUUGUUCCUUCGCUUAACUGGACGAAACUACUCCGUGAAUCGAAAUUUGACGUCACAGCUGCGACAAGACGAGAUUGAUAAAAUGAUCGAUUAUGUCCAUGACCCAGAACAUGAACAGCCAAAACUGAAACGUGUUCCACGUACUUACAUUUUGGUCCCAAAAUCGAGAAUGGUGUUCGGCGUAUGUGAUCCUCACGGCAAGUUGAACUACGACGAGUGUUACUUCAACCCAACUCUCUUCGAUGACGAAAGUGAAGAGUUCGCAGAUAAAAGCAAGGUCAUCGUGGCUUGCAUUCCCUGUCACCAUCCAGGAGAUAUACGAGUAUUGACACUCACGCAUGACAAGUCGGGAUACGAAAACCUGAAUGACUGUCUAGUGCUGCCAAUGAAAGGUCCCCGCUCUCACGCUUUUGAGUGUGGCGGAAGCAAUUUCUGCGGGACCAAGUUCUUCGUCAGCUGGGAUGAAUCCCUCAUUCCCAAAGAAAACGUUAAACCGUGUUCCUAUUUACCAAGCAUCAGAGAACGUAUCUAUAUAGAAUGGGCCAAAUUUUGCACAAUACUCCUUGGACAUUCUCGUCGCAAGAAUGUAAAGGUAAGUCAAGAAGAAAUGAUCGACCACUUUGCCACGUUCGUGGAUAACUUGCCAAAACGGAUAGACCAGACAUACAAGAGAUUUGCAAAAGCUUUUGGUCCUUCUUCAAACGAGUGUAAACAGUUGAGCAAGAUGUUUUAUCAAGCAACUCACUUGACAGUUAACGCAACUGUCCUCCAGAAAAGGUUGGCACAAGAGUUCGAGCACAAAGACCCAGCAAGAUCAAGAACUUCUGUCGGUGAUCAAUCACCGACAGAAAGAUCAGGUCUUCUGGACUCGGAUGAGGACGAAGAAACCCCGGAAACAUAUUUCACCGGAACCUUCGGAAGGAAUAAUGAAGGGUUGUUGAACCAACUCUUUGAUCAGCUCCGGAAUCGGCGUUCCUCUUGUCGUAGAAAACCCUCAUCAGGUCCUGACUAUGAAGCACUCUGGAACGAAUUUGAUGAACAAACAGCACGUUUUGUUGAAGAAAUGGAACAAGGGCAAGAUUUUAACUGA